UCAUAUUUUUCCAUACGAAAACCAUCAGAUUUUCGCAACUGAUAUUUUUCUACAAGUUAAAAUCAGAUUAGAUAACGCGUACAAAAGUGUAUAAAGACUUCUGCCAAUCUUCGCAACCGAUUUGCCUUUCACAUAAAACGUCAGGGUUUUUCAACACGUUGAAAAAAUCAAAAUGUGUAUAUGUGAAAGGAUGAUAAACCCUUGAAAAAGCGAUCGCUCGUGUUUGAAGCUGCGGAAUGCAUUUUCCAGCUCUACCGGUCGUCCAUCGAACAGCGAAGCCGAGCAGUUAAUCUUGAAAAGGCGGUUAGGCAAGUCGGUACAGCUACUGCUCGUCGUAGGUGCACGCCCCGAUUAGCUUCUCCCCCUCUCGUCGCUCUCUCGAGAUCAAACACACGUUCGCGCACGUAUACAUUCAGUGGUGUCGAAGUGCAUGCACCUGCGAACACACACUCGCGAGAACGGUCGAGCAAAGAGAUAAAACAUGGACAGAGAUGGCGACCUCGAAGCCGAGACCAAACAGCAGCAGCAGGUCGACAUCAAAUAUCGUGCUCAACAACAGCAGCGAGCCAAAGAAAUAAGCAGGAAGCAAGAAGAAAACAGCGAAGAGGAGGAAGAAGAGGAGCCCGAGGAAGAAGAGGACAAUGACGAAGAAGAGGAAGAAGACGAGGAACCCGAUGCCGACCUCGACGCGGAGAAAGAGACGAAACCCAUGGUCAAUAACAAAUUGCGAACUAACAGCGACGAAAAGCUCAAUGAAUGUAAGCCUGCUUUGCAGAACAUAGGUGUGAGAGACUACAGAUCUCUCAGAAGACACCACAUUGGAUUGGAUCUGCAGAAUAGUAACUCAGACAGUACCCAGGAUAUUUCUGAGCAAAAGCUCAAGAGAGAGAUUGGAGGUGGAGUUGAUUACUCUACUGCUGCUGCUGCUGCAGCUGCUGGUAUGAUGCAUCAUCAUCUGCAUUCUGGCAUUGAACACAUUAGAGGCAAUGCUGGUACUGAUAUGGAGCAGAUAAAGAUUCCUAGAGAUGGAAGAAGUUCUUGUAUGGGAAUAGGUCUAUCAUUAGAGCUAUGUGUUGUGUGUGGAGACAGAGCAAGUGGAAGACACUAUGGAGCCAUUAGCUGUGAGGGUUGCAAAGGUUUUUUUAAAAGAAGCAUACGUAAGCAACUUGGUUACCAAUGCAGAGGCAACAAGAGCUGCGAAGUCACAAAACACCACAGAAAUCGUUGUCAGUACUGCAGAUUGCAAAAGUGCCUGGCGAUGGGCAUGCGAAGUGACUUGUUUGUUACAGCUGUGCAACAUGAGAGAAAACCUGUCAUAGGAAGCAACGAGACUGGCACUACAGGAAAAAGUGGUAGUCGUGGUCCACGCGUUAAACCUGAGCCACAGCCAUCUUCUGUUGUUGAAACAACACCAGUACCAAAUUCGUGGGAGCAACAACAGCAUCAUCAACCUGAAAGUCCUAGUAUGGAGGAACACCACAGUAGUGAUAGUGAUCUCAGUGAUGCUUUAACGUUAGCGCGUGAACGACUUCUCAUUUCACAUGCUUUAGACAAUAUGGCUAAACUUAUGGCAGGAGAUAAUAUCAAUGGUACUACCGAAGAACCGGAUGAAGACUGGAACUGUGGUCAAUUGUUAUUGGAAAGACACAUGCACUUUGAACUGAGAGCUCCUAGUCCUGCUCCUGCAUAUUUGUCGAUACAUUAUAUAUGCGAAAGUGCAGCGCGACUGUUGUUUUUGUCGGUACACUGGGCUAGAGGCAUUCCCGCGUUCCAAUCACUUCCGUCGGACAUACAAACGACAUUAGUACGCUGUUCGUGGGGACAGUUAUUCACUCUCGGCUUGGCCCAAUGUGCUUACACUCUCUCUCUUCCCAGUAUUCUCACAUGGAUCAUUAAUCAUCUUCAAACAAGUAUUGCUCAAGAGAAAAUGACUGCAAACAAAAUAAAGUCGGUGACCGAACACAUCUGCCGUUUACAAGAUUGCGUCAGUUCGCUCCACCGACUGCAAGUGGACUCUGUCGAGUAUGCUUAUUUAAAAGCUCUAACGCUUUUUAGCUCAGACAAUGUUCUCGCUGGAGUGUGGCGUCGUCGCGUGCAAUGCCUUCAAGAAGUCGCAUGGACGGAACUUCAGCAACGAGUAGGUUCUGAACGUCUACCACGACUUUUAUUACGCUUAGCUCCCUUACGUUCGAUAAAUCCACGAGUAUUGGAAGAUUUGUUCUUUGCUGGUCUGAUCGGCAAAGUGAGCGUGGCGAGCGUAGUGCCUUAUAUUCUAACUAUGCAAGACUGCUGCAAAAUGGAACCUGAGGGCCAACUACGUGCCUGACACCAAUGUCAAUGGUGGAAGAUAAAAAUGUAUUAAAUAAAGCCUACUAACUUUCAGUAUUCCUCUGAAGCAGAAUUUUUCACGUCGGCAACUGUCGAUGCAAAUGUAUUUUGUAUAUUGCUUUUUUUUGCAAAAAAGCAAUGUAAAACUUCUUAUAUUAUAAUUCUUUAUAUUUCUUGUUCGUUUGUUGGCGAAAUUUUCGUGGAAAGAAACGAGGAUAUGAGACUGUUUUUUUUUUCUUUUUUUAAUUGUUACUAUCCGAGACUCGUAGAAUUGGGACAGUUGCAAUGUAUAUAGCAAGAUAACACGAUGAUGUGCCUUUACAUUAAUUAGCAGAUACUUAUAUUUAUAUACAGUAACGAUGUAAUUUUGUAAUUAUUAUUAUAUAUUCACU